AACAGUCUUAUUCUAUCUCUCACCACGUGAGUGUCGCAUGGCAGGUGGGUAAUUCAUAAAAUUAAUUUCCUGCUUGAUUCGCAGCCAAAAAUCAUGGAUCCAAAUCGUAAGUGUGUCGUUAAAAUAUAAGCUGUUGGGCGUUUCACAAAUUCCGAAGUGUUCGAAAAAUUUGGUGACAGUUUCUGGCUUAGAAGAUUUACUUUUGAAGAAUAAGGCUGAGGAACGGAAGAAACAUGUUCGGCAAGUUGGUGUUUUUGUGGUGGAUGUGCUUCUACCUGGAUAAAGGCCAUGGAUUCACAGCAAAAGGUUUGAUGUAUCCUGGACGAUCGGAUUUAUUCGAACUGUCUGUGAUACAUAUUAAUGAUUUUCAUGCUAGGUUCCUUCAAACCGGACCCACUUCCGGCACCUGCAGUGAGAUUCAGGAACAGGAUUGCAUUGGAGGCAUAGCGAGAGUCUUAACCGCUAGCCGACAAUUGCUAAAAGAACGGCCUAAUGCCAUUUUUUUAAAUGCCGGUGAUCAUUAUCAGGGCACAUUAUGGUACAAUCUUUUCAAAUGGAACGUCACUGCUUUGUUUAUGAAUAAACUGCCUCACGAUGUUAUGACAAUUGGUAAUCAUGAAUUUGAUGAUGGUAUAGCUGGUCUCGUGCCGUUUUUGCAAAGAAUGAAGGCCCCUGUUGUAGUAUCAAACAUAGACGUCACCAAUGAACCAACGAUGAAGGGUCUGUACCAAAACAGCACGAUUAUUGAAAGAGACGGUAAAAAAAUUGGAGUGAUCGGUGUUAUUCUCUCUACAACAAAUAUUAUUGCCAACACAGAACAAUUAGUAUUUUACGAUGAAGUAAAAUCAGUUAAUGCUGAAGCUGAAAAACUGAAAUCUGAAGGAGUGGAAAUUAUCAUAGUUCUUAGUCAUUGUGGAUUAGAUGUCGAUAGAAUAAUGGCUGAAAAAUGUCCUAAUAUUGAUAUAAUUGUUGGAGGACACUCUCACACAUUCCUUUACUCUGGUAAUCCACCAUUCAGUGACGUUCCCGAGGAUGAUUAUCCUAUACACGUAAAACAAGAAGAUCUUAGCAGAACAGUACUUAUUGUUCAAGCAGCUGCUUUUACAAGAUAUAUAGGAAAUUUGACGGUCUGGUUUGACCCUCGAGGUGAAAUACUGGAUUGGGAAGGUGACCCAAUUCUUUUGGAUCAUUCGAUCGAAGAGGAUUCAGAAAUGUUGAAAGCUCUCGAACCGUGGAAGGAAGAAGCAGAUAAACUAGGCAAAGCACAAAUUGGUACAACAAAAGUUUAUCUUCAAGGAUUAGACAUUUGCAGAAAAGGCGCGUGCAAUUUAGCAAAUGUCCUAACAGAUGCGAUGGUCGAUUAUUAUGUAGGUCAAAAUGACAAAAAGACUUAUUGGACUCGUGCAGCAAUUUCUGUCAUGAAUGCAGGGGGUAUACGUGGCGAUAUAAGUGACGAUCCUGGAUCCAUUACAUACGAAGACCUUGUUGUGGUCCAGCCUUUUGCAAAUAGCUUUGAUGUAGUUGAAUUGAAAGGAAGCGAUAUUCUUAAGACUUUAGAAAAGGCGGCUCUUGUGAGUUACAGUUCAACUAAAUUUAUCGGAAAGAGUUUUCUCCAGUGGUCAGGGAUCAAAGUUACUUACAACCUAUCCAAUGCAGAUAAUUCAAGAGUCAUUGACGCAAAAGUCAGGUGCCAAAUUUGCGAAUUUCCAAAAUACGAAAAUUUAGUACCAGAAGAAUGGUAUAAAGUUGUGGUACCAUCAUUUUUAUUAAGUGGAGGCGAUAAUCACACUGAUAUCCAACAUGGGUAUCGUAAUCGCGAACCAGGACCUGUAGAUAUAGACGUGAUUGCCGAUUUCAUCAGAAAAAAGAGUCCAAUUACCACUGGCGUUGAAGGAAGAAUAACGCUGCUUGGAAGCUGGAACAAACCAUGCAGUUGCAAAUCUGCGUCGAGUGUUUUUGGAUUUCGGCGGCUUUUCCGUUGUUACCAAAAUUCUGAGAUUAUUACCUCUCAGAUGCCAGGCCUACCCAUCGCACAGCAAGGGACGCCCUUCCUUGUCACUGGUAAACAAACGUCCAGCGACCAUCCCGUGUGGUUGCCCCCAUACGGAGCUUCCAAGCGCAAGGAGAUCGCUGACUCAUUUUCGAGUGUUCUCAAAAUCAGCUCGACCCCCAACGUUGGUCCCACUUAUGGAGCCCGUUUAUCCUUGGAGAAUGCGCGAACGUUUGAUCCGGUUCUUUUAGAGGUGGAAUACACUGGAACCGCAGUUAUAUCCGCCGUCAUAGAACGUAAACAUUCACUUAUAUCCUCCCGAAAGGAAAUCCCACCAUUGCUGCUCAACGAAGGAGAAAUGGCCGCGCUGCGCUUUGAUUGGCUUGUUUGUCACGUGCAAAUUUUGAGGAAUGUUAUUACAAGAUGGCUAUCUCUUUUCCCUGCAAUCGGAAGACUUUUACAAAAGUGGCCCGCGAUAAAGCAAUAUUUCAUUAAUCAAGGAAAAGAAGAAGUUGAUCAAAUCAUUUGGAAAUUCUUGGGUGACCAAGAAAAUGAGAUCAAUGAUGAUUUGAAUGCACCAUUGACAUUGCCAGAAUGUUAUUUAUACUUCGAUCAUAAUUUUGUGGAAAUAUUGACAAAGAGUAUCAAAUUACUGGAGGCUAAAAAUGUGAUGAGCACAGAUGUUCAUGAGACUAUGGUUCAGUUGAGAGAUUAUAUUCAAGCCAGGCUCAAUGACGGAUACUAUGGCAGUCGAGUUAAAAACUCUUUAAAACACCUUGAUCAAGGAAAAAGAAAUAAAUUCGAAAAAGAAGCUAACAAUGUAUAUCAAAGAACCCUGCAAUAUCUGCAAAACUGGUACGACUAUGAAAAGAGCCCAUUUCAAUACUUCUUAAUAAUUAACCUAAAAAGCAAAACAGUAAAAUUUGAAGACAUAUUGCAAGCAGCAAAGUCCGUGGCAGUUACAGUAGACGAAGAUAAACUCUAUGACGAAGUCAUUCUACUCGUGUCUGUAUUUCCAAAAAUUUCUAAACUGGAGUUACGUUUGGACCUUAAGUGGGUCGAAAUAUUUAAAGACUGUGAUGCAUUCAAGGAGCUCCCGAAAAUCGUUGGGAAAAUUCUUUCGAUUCCUAUAAGCAAUGAAUUUGACGAGAGAAUAUUUUCUCUAAUGGGCAAUCUGUGGACUGAUGAGAGAAACCGAUUAGGAGUCAACAUGGUUCGAGCUGAAUUGUUGACGAAAUUGAAUUUUAACAUGAGUUGUGAGGAGUUUGAACAAUUCAUGUCGGAGCCAAAGCAACUCAAAUUACUUAGAAAAGUCAUUUCCCAGAAGAAGUACUCAUGGAAAAAUGCCGAAAAGGGUAUGAUAACCACUGUAAAAUUUCCUGGCAGAUCAGACUUAAUCGAAUUUUCAGUGAUCCAUAUCAACGAUUUUCAUGCUAGGUUUCUGCAGACCGGGCCCGAUUCGGGCAUCUGCAAAAAGGGCCAGGAACAGGAAUGUAUUGGAGGCAUAGCCAGAGUAUCGACAGCCAGUCGACAUUUGCUUAAAAAUCGACCUAAUGCAAUUUUUUUGAGCGCUGGAGAUCAAUUUCAAGGUUCUUUUUGGUACUUCCUUUUUAAAUGGAAUGCUACUGCUAAAUUUAUGAAUAAACUACCUCUCGAUGCUUUGACAAUUGGUAAUCAUGAAUUUGAUGAUGGAAUUUCUGGUCUUGUGCCAUUUUUACAAAGAAUAAAGGCCCCUGUUGUGGUAUCAAAUAUGGAUGAAACCAAUGAACCAACCCUAAAGGGUCUGUACCAUAAGAGCACAAUCAUUGGAAGAAAUGGUAGAAAAAUUGGGGUGAUUGGUCUUAUUCUUUCCACAGUAAAUACGAUUGCGCGGACAGGGCGACUAGAAUUUCACGAUGAAGUGAAAACAUUGGACGCUGAAGCUAAAACACUGAGAGCUCAAGGAGUUAAAAUUAUUAUCGCCCUCACUCACUGUGGAAUUAAUAUUGAUAGAAUAAUUGCUGAAAAAUCAUCUUAUGUUGAUAUAAUUGUUGGAGGACAUUCUCACACAUUCCUUUACACUGGUAAUAAGCCAUACAGCGACGUUCCCGAGGAUACAUAUCCUGUGGUUGUGAAACAAAAAGAAAGCAGUAGAACAGUACUCAUUGUUCAAGCAGCUGCUUUUACAAGAUACAUAGGAAAUUUGACUGUUCGAUUUGACUCUGAAGGUGAAGUAAUCGAAUGGGAAGGAAACCCAAUUCUUCUGGAUCAUUCAAUCGAAGAGGAUCCAGAAAUUCUGAAAGCUCUUCAACCAUGGAAGGAGGAAGCAGAUUUAAAGGGUGAAAAGCAAAUUGGCACAACAAAAGUAUAUCUCCAUGGAUCGGAAACAUGUCAAAAAGGAGAGUGCAGUUUAGGAAAUGUCUUCACAGAUGCGAUGGUAGAUCACUAUGCAGGUAAAGAUAACAACAAGGAUUAUUGGACUCAUGUAGCGAUUUCGGCCCUGAAUGGGGGAGAUAUUCGGGGUGAUAUUAGUGAUAAUCCUGGAUCCAUUACAUAUGAGGAUCUUGCAGUGAUUCUACCUUUUGGAGACAGUUUUGAUGUGGUUGAAUUGAAAGGAAGUGAUAUUCUGAAGUCUCUAGAAAAGGCAGUUCUCACGAGUUUGCAACCAACUAUAUUUAUCUCAAAGAUAUUUCUCCAGUGGUCCGGACUUAAAGUUACAUACAAUCUAUCCAAUCCAGAUAAUUCAAGAGUCAUCAACGUACAAGUCAGGUGCCAAGCCUGCAAAGUUCCAAAAUAUGAAAAUCUAGUACCAGAGGAAUGGUACAAAGUUGUGAUUACAACAUUUUUAUUAAACGGAGGUGAUAAUCACACUGAUAUCCAACAUGGGUAUCGUAAUCGUGAACCAGGACCUCUGGAUAUAGACGUUAUUGCCUCUUUUAUCGGAAAAACGAGUCCAAUACAGACUGGCGUUGAAGGACGAAUAACUCUACUUGGAAGCUGGAAUAAACCAUAAUUGAGCUCAAAGCUG